UUACUCUGUAUCUAAUUUUAAAUCUCUUAGAAAAACAAUUUUAGCUGAUAUUAUAUUAUUUUAUGAUAUGAUGUUUUUAAGUUUAAUAACAGAUGUAUAAAGUGGAGACUUUAUUCGUAGGGAAGAAAAACUACUCUCUCAAACAAAUAAAAAAAAAGGGUCUGAUGGCUGCUGCAUUAGCUGUUCUUGAGAGCUGCCGGAUUUCUCCUCCUCCGGCCACCGUUGGGGAGAGGUCACUACAACUUACUUUUUUCGACUUAACAUGGCUCCAAUUCUUCCCAAUAAACCAGCUUUUCUUCUUUGACUUCCCCAGCUCAAGAACCCAUUUCAUAGAAACCAUCGUUCCCAAUCUUAAACACUCUUUGUCCAUCACUCUUCAACACUUUUUCCCCUUUGCAGGCAACUUAAUCACAUUUCCUAACCAAAAUAAGUCAAAAAAGCCCGAAAUUCGUUAUGUUGAAGGUGAUUCUGUAUCGGUUACGUUUGCUGAAUCUAGUCAUGACUACCAUGACCUUUCAGGCAAUCAUCCUAGACCAUGUAACAAGUUUUAUGAACUUGUACCUCCUUUAGGACAUGCCACAAAAGUGUCCGAUUUUGUAUCUAUACCUCUGUUUUCUGUACAAGUGACACUUUUUCCAAAGUCAGGUAUUUCUAUUGGGCUUACUAAUCAUCACACUCUUUGCGAUGCAAGUUCUCGAUUUGAUUUCUUGAAAGCGUGGACUUCGAUUGCUAAACAUAGCAAAGAUGAUGUUUUUUUAGCUAAUGGAUCUUUACCGUUCUACGAUAGAGCGAUAAAAUACCCAAAUUCCUUGGAUGAAAUUUACGCGAAUCAACCAGGGAUUGAAACACUUAACGCUGAAUACCAACCAGCUCAUCCCAGUGCUAACACAGAGAAAGUUCGGGCCACGGUUGUCUUAACAAAAUCCAACAUUAAUCAGCUGAAAACAUUUGUUUCGGCUAAUCUGCCCAAGUUAGAAUAUGUCUCAUCGUUUUCAGUAGCAUGUGCUUAUACAUGGAGUUGUAUAGCGAAAUCAGCAGCUGAAAUCGGAGAAAAGAAAAGCGAAGAUGAUCUAGAACGGUUUAUAUGUCCUGUAGAUUGGAGGACGCGUUUGAAUCCACCAGUUCCCCAAACUUAUUUUGGAAACUGUGUCGGAUUAUGCGACUCAGAUAAAAUCCAAAGUACGAUAAUAGCAGGAAACACCGGGUUUCUUAAAGCUGUUGAGGUGUUUGGAAAAGCAAUAAGUCGGACUUUAAAGAACAAAGAUGGGAUGCUUAAAGAUGCAGAGACGUGGCUUGUGAGAGGGUUUGAGCCGGUGCCUACAAUCGGGGUAGCAGGAACUCCAAAGGUCAAGAUUUACGAUACGGAUUUUGGGUGGGGGAAGCCGAGUAAGUAUGAGACGAUUUCCAUUGAUUACAAUGGUUCACUUUCUGUUAACGGUUGCAGGGACUCACCAGAAGACAUUGAAAUUGGUUUGAGUCUUGAUGCUAAACAAAUGGAUGCGUUUCUUAUCAUCUAUGAAAGGGAACUAAAGAAUAAGAUGACUUGAUCAAGAAUGAGCCGUUAGGGUCGUGUUUUGUCAUUUGAUAAUAAAAUAAAAUAAAAUAAAAGAAUAAGAUGAUAAGCUUUUGAGUGGUUCUUUUACAAAUAAAUCUUCAUAAUCCUUAUCUUUUAUGA